UGAUCUUUCCCAUAUCCAUUGGCCAUUAAAAUACCUUGCCUUUCUUAUUAUUCUUGCUCGAGUGCUUCCUCCAAACUCCAAGGACUACUACAUAGUACGUAACUUGUAACUUUCAAGGUUCGUAACUAAUUCCUUCCCAUCUGAAAUUUAACAUUUGACACUUGACAUUUGGCACUUGCCAUUCGCCAUUCAAUGUUCGUCAUUUUUCCAAUUCCUCUCGAUCCUCGUUCCCCAUAUUAAUUUUUCCCUUUUACCUCGAAAGAGAUAAGAGAAAAAAAAAGUCUUGGCUUCUCCCCUCCAACAGUCACUUUAUGUUUCUUUAUAUCCAUCCAUUCCCAUUUUCCACAUCCGACCUUGUUCCAAUUGAAUAGGACUAGAAGGACGAUCGGCCCUUAUUCCCGGAUGCGCCAACCUGCAGUUCUAUGUUCAGCCUCAAUUGAAUCCUUCCGGCCGGGUUUGCAUACGGUAUAAAUAGAGAGACACGAGCAACGCGCAUGUCGUCAUCGCAGCGCCCGACCGAUUUGUCGUACGGCAGCGGAGGACGUUCUGGGAAUUCUGCCAAUUCUGUCAAUUCUAAUUGCAGUUCAUCCAAUUCCGCAUUGUCGCCAAUAGCCAUCUUAACCCCGACUUCCGCGAGUACUCUUUACGCCUCUCCCGAUUCGGCAAACGGCCAGCAUUUCUUUGGUGCCAAGUCAGAACCCGAAGAUGGCGACGGCGCCGGCAGCGGGGAGAGCGUCACCGCUAUCCCUUCCUAUGCCGAACCGCUCAAGAAGAAACAGAAACGCAACAAGCCAACGCUGUCAUGCUAUGAAUGCGUCGAGCGAAAGACGAAGUGCGAUAGAGGUAGACCUCAUUGUUUAGCAUGCAUAAAACGACAGACGGAAUGCAAGUAUGCGCACGUUGCGAAUCUCCUUGAGGAGACAUCUCGGUCGGCAACCAAUGGCCGCAGGAUGACGAAACCGCCGAAGAAGAAGGUGACGAUGAACGGAAUGAAGCCUUCGAUUCCAAAUAUCGCAGAAAGAGGUAUUCUCACCGGUCGCAUCGCUUCUCGUGGGUCCGUAGCAUUAUCCACAGGACUCCUCUCUAACGUAUCUUUAUCCCACCCAACAGCAUCAAAUGUCUUUGGGAUAGGCUCAGAACAUCCAUUUGCCAACUACUGGACUUGCGAAGGUGGGCUUCCGGAGGUGAUUGGGGUACUCCCUGAGAAGCUGCAAGCCGACAUUUUGUUAAGUCAAUAUUAUGAAUGCGUUGACCCCAUCUAUCCAAUAAUCGAUCGGCGCACUUUCUACCUCGAGUACGAACAUUUUUGGUCGCUCAGGGAUUCGGAGAAGACCGACGCCGCCUUCGUAGGUCUGCUUUUCACCAUGAUGGCCCUAGGAACACAAUUCGUUUCAACUACCAACCCUAAAGACCGUAAACAAACAUCCGAAUUCUAUGCCUCGGCAGGCAAUCAAGCCUUACGCAUGUUCUCCUAUCUGAAUACUGCGUCUUUGCAUUCUGUCCAAGCCAUGGUAUUGGUUGGCUACUUUCUAAUAAACGAUAACCAUGCCUCGGAUGGCUGGGCGUUUUCGGGCCUAUUAUUGAGACAAGCAUAUGCGAUGGGCCUGCACAGAGACCCAAAUAUAGUCACACCAAAUGCUAGCGAAUUCGAAAAGCAGCAGCGGCGCAAGCUUUGGCAAGCCGUGCUUGUCCAGGAUACAUUUCUGACGGUCCUAUUAUCUCUACCUCCCAACGCUACGCAUACUGAUGUUAAAGUGGAAGAUUUCCACGACGAUCCAGCUGGAUUUGGCGACGCAAGUCCCACUGACAUAGCAUAUAUCCGAGGUUCUUGGAUGUUAGCAAAUCUGGUUCAGGAAACCAUCUCUAGUCCUCGGUCUCUCGAUGUACCCAUCUGCUCUACGCAAAGGCAGAAAUCGAAACUUGUCGCCGACUUUCGCGCAGUGUACCGUUCAUUUCCCGAUGUCUUUCGGUCUUGGGAUCAAGAGAGUAUUGCACAGCUCGCAUGCAGCAACAAACGUGUCGUUAGACAAACACUAUUUUUGAGUAGUAACUACUAUCAUAAUCUUAUGCUAGUACAUGCUUCCGAAAGCCCAGACGUCCCCGUUAACGUCAGAGCGACACUAGAAGCCGCACACGAGGCAAUCACUUCAUUCUUCGUGCUUUUUACACUUUUCGAUACGGAAGCACGAGUGUGGUGGGUCUUCCACCAUAGGGCGUUCUUAGAGGCGCUGUGCAUAGGUGGCGUUUUACGGGAGGCCGGAAGAGAUCCCGCUACUGCGGACCAAUUUCUGAGAGAUCCGUUGUUCGCAAGGGCGAAAGCGGACAUAACUCGCAUGGUACAAAUUAUGAAGAUAAUGGCUGACGGUGAAUAUGGCUCGGAUGAUGCUAGGACAAGAGUAGCUGUCUUGAGCGAAUUUCUGUAAAUUACGAUAAUCUACGAGACCUUGUUAGAUAAUGGGCUUGUACAUAACUUCAUAUGUACAUUGAUGAUAUUCUAGGUACAUAUGCGCUGGAGUUAACUGAGAUGGGCUUGUAAUUAGUUGCAGUGUUAAAAUACUGGUUAGCAUAAGAUAUCAUUGAUGUGUUUUUUUCUAUACUUGGUUGGCCUGGUUCUAGCUAGGAUCUAGGUACUAAUUUCGUCUAAAAGCGAAUGGUGUGGCAAGUCUUCACGAAGCUCAAACUUCCCUCUUCAUAAACACUACUAACAUUGAAGAAGGUUCACAAUGCGACAAUGGAUCAAAUCAAUAAUCGGAUCUGGAGAAUUCCACAGUCACUGCAGUCAUAUUAUUCUAAUAUAUGAAUAAGUGGACAAAGAGCAAAACGACAAAAAGAAAAACGUACAACACCAGGGAUUCGCUGGUCGUCACCGACCCAACUACUGAUCCGGCGGUAUCUGGCUUGUCCAGGGGAGAGCGGACGGGAUCCCGAAUUUUCCAGGUCCUAUGGUCGUACGUGGAAGGAUAGCUCAUUACUUUUCUCUAUAAGGCGGAGACUUGGAACUAGCACUGAUAAAUGAUG